UUUGCUCUUUAAUAGCCUCUUACAAGAGCACAACACUGUGCUAACAGCACAUACAAAAAAAAAAAAUAUUAGCCUCAUAGAAGACACCAACACUGUGCUAACAGCACAUACAAAAAAAGGAAUAAUAGGCUCAGGACUUAUGCAUGUGCUACAUACCACAACAUAGUUGUUUCAAAAAAAACUUAAUAGGAUCAAAAAACAAAAUUUUAGCAUUUAAAAAUAAAAAAGGAUUAAUAGGCUCAUAAAAGAGCACAACACUGUGCUAACAGCACAUAGAAAAAAAAUAUUUUAGUCAUAAGCUCAUAAAAGAGCUCAACACUGUGCUGCACUGCACAUAUAAAAAGUCUCUAUAAAAAUUAAAAAAAAAGGAAAUAAAGAGCGCCUAAUACUACAUAAGCAGCAUUAUAAUAAACCCUUUGAAAAACAAAGAAACAUAUAUACUGCAUAAAAAAGCCAAUAAAGAGUGCCUAAUACUACAUAAGCAGCAUUAUAAGAAACAUUUUUUAAAAAACAUAUAUACAGAAUAAAAAAGGCAAAAAAAUAGCCUAAUACUACAUAAGCAGCAUUAUAAUAAACUCUUUGAAAAAAAAACAUAUAUACUGCAUAAAAAAGGCAAUAAAGAGUGCCUAAUACUACAUAAGCAGCAUUAUAAUUAACCCUUUGUAAAAAAAAACAUAUAUACUGCAUAAAAAAGCCAAUAAAGAGUGCCUAAUACUACAUAAGCUGAAUUUUAAUCAACCUUUUUAAGAAAACAUAUAAAAACAUAUAUACUGUAUAAAAAAAGUGUCUUAAAAAAAGGACAUAAUACAAAAAAAAGAGUGUUUAAAACAAAUUAAAGAGUGACAAACACGCCUAAUGUCUACAAGAAAAUAAAGAGUGCCUAAGACUGCAUGAACCAAAAUUAAGACAGCAAAAAAAAAAGUUAAUAAGAAACCGUUUAAAACAUAUAUACUGCAUAAAAAGGCAAUCAAGAGUGCCUAAUACUACAUAAGCAGCAUUAUACUGUAUAAAAAAGCCCACAAAGAGUGCCUAAUACUAAUAAACCGUAAAAAACAUAUAUACUGCAUAAAAAACAAGUGUAUAAAAAAAGUGCAUAAUAAAAACAAAGUAAAGAGUGAAAAAAACACGCCUAAUGUCUACAACAAAAUAAAGAGUGCCUAAGACUGCAUUAAAAAAAAAAAACACUGCCAAAAAGAAAAUAAAAAGUGUAUAAAACAAAGUAAAGAGUGCAUAAGACUUUGUUAAACAAAAUAAAAAUUGUCCUAACAUUGACUAAUACAAAAAAAAGACAGCCGAUCUAACAAAGAGAGUGCCUAAAAGACUGCCUAAAACAAAUAAAGACACUGCAUAAACUGCAUAAAAAAGAAAAUAAAGAGUGCCUAAUACUACAUAAGCUGAAUUUUAAUCAACCUUUUUAACAAAACAUAUAAAAACAUAUAUACUGUAUAAAAAAAGUGUCUUAAAAAAAGGACAUAAUACAAAAAAAAGAGUGUUUAAAACAAAGUAAAGACUGACAAACACGCCUAAUGUCUACAAGAAAAUAAAGAGUGCCUAAGACUGCAUGAACCAAAAUUAAGACAGCAAAAAACAAAGUUAAUAAGAAACCGUAAAAAACAUAUAUACUGCAUAAAAAGGCAAUCAAGAGUGCCUAAAACUACAUAAGCAGCAUUAUAACAAACUUUUUGAAGAAAAAAUAUAUAUACUGUAUAAAAAAGCCCACAAAGAGUGCCUAAUACUAAUAAACCGUAAAAAACAUAUAUACUGCAUAAAAAAAAAAAAUAUAAAAAAAGGGCAUAAUAAAAACAAAGUAAAGAGUGACAAACACGCCUAAUGUCUAGAACAAAAUAAAGAGUGCCUAAGACUGCAUUAAAAAAAAAAAAAACACUGCCAAAAAGAAAAUAAAAAGUGUAUAAAACAAAGUAAAGAGUGCAUAAGACUUUGUUAAACAAAAUAAAGAUUGUCCUAACAUUGCCUAAUACAAAAAAAAGACAGCCAAUCUAACAAAGAGAGUGCCUAAAAGAAUGCCUAAAACAAAUAAAGACACUGCAUAAACUGCAUAAAAAAGAAAAUAAAGAGUGCCUAAUACUACAUAAGCAGCAUUAUAAAACAUUUAUUAAAAAAAAAAUAUAUAUACAACAUAAAAAAGGCAAUAAAGAGUGCUUAAUACUAAAUAAGCAGCAUUAUAACAAACCUAUUUAAAAAAACAUAUAUAUACAGCAUAAAAAAGGCAAUAAAGAGUGCCUAAUAAUAAUAAACCUUAAAAAACAUAUAUACUGCAUAAAAAAAAGUAACUACAAAGACGUGCAUAAAAAAAAAAAAAUAUUUAAAACAAACUAAAGACUGCUGCAUAAACAUAAAAAUAGAAGAAUGCCUCCUAAAAGAAUUUUAACACAGGAAGAUGCAGAAAACGUUAAACGCAGAAGAAAAGAAACUCAACGUAUACGACGGACACAUAUGACUGAACAACAAAGGGUAAUUCUACGCAAAAAGGAUUCUUCAAAAAAACGCAUUUGUAGGGCCAAUAUGACUGCUCAGGAAAAAUGUGUCCAACUGGACAUGCAAAGAUCACGUUCUGCUGCACGUAGAAAAAAAAAAAAAAAAAGUUCUAACAUCACUAUCACUAAUCAAUAUAACAAAAGUUAUAACCAUUCACUAUUUAAUGAAGACAAUGUUCCGAUGCACACAUGUGGUCAACUUAAUGUUUAUUGCACAUUUUGCAUGGCAAAGCAUUUUCCAGAGGAACAACCAAGCGAUAAGCUUUUUAAUAAAUGCUGCAAUAAAGGAAAAAUAACAUUACCUCAUAUACAAAUUUCACCACUGAUCCAACAACUAAUGACUGGACAACACACACAUUCAAAUAAUUUUAUGCAAAAUAUCCGUUCUAUAAAUAGUGCAUUGGCGUUUGCAUCAAUGGGAGCAAACAUUGCACCACCUCCAGGAUAUGGCCCAUACUGUUUUAGAAUAAAUGGCCAAAUUUAUCACCGAUCUGGUGCUUUGCAUCCAGAAAAUGAUGAUCAACGCAAAUUUGCACAACUCUACAUUUUGAGUCCUGAGGAAGCUGCGGACCAACGAGCAGCACUAAAAGAAAAUUCAGGAUGUCACAUUGAACUUUUGAGGGAGUUAAGUUCAUAUAUGUGUCAGUAUAACCCUUUUGCAAAAGCAUGUAAAAUGCUCUAUGAGGUAGAGCAAGAAUGCAUCCAUGAAGCAUCUUUAAAUGGAGUUCAAAAUUCUAAAGUUUCAAUGGUAAUUCUGCAGGACAGAACAUCAGAUUACCGAAGAUAUAACGUACAAAGAGUUAAUGAGGUUGCUGUUAUUUUCCAAAAUUCUGAUGGUGAACCUCCUCUUGAACGUGACCUUCUUAUUCAUUGCCGAUCUACAGAUCAAACAAAAAAAACUGAAAGAAUAAGUGUUUUAGAUCCUAAUCUUGAACCAUUGCUGUAUCCUUUGUUGUUUCCAUAUGGGGACCAAAGUUGGGGUUCCAAUAUUGCUCUUAACUACAGGCCAACAUCAAUUAGUGAUGUACAAAGAAGAGUAACCACCAAUCCAAGGAUAAGAGUUAGCCAAAUGAAAUACUACUCUUACAGAAUUUCAAUUAGGGAUCAAUUCAAUCCUUUCCUUAGUGCUGGCAAGUUGACGCAGCAGUACUUUGUUGAUGCUUAUGUCAAGACUGAGGCCAACAGACUCAACUAUAUCCGUCAAAAUCAAUCUAAUCUUCGCAUUGAAAAAUAUACAGGAUUAAUGGAUUACAUUCAAAGUGAGGCUGCUGCACAGGGCCUGAUGCCUGGUAAAGCAGUUAUUUUGCCAUCAUCUUUUCAGGGAAGUCCACGAAAUAUGGCCCAAAACUACCAUGAUGCUAUGGCCAUUGUUAGAAAAUAUGGAAAACCGGAUUACUUCAUCACCAUGACCUGCAACCCUAAAUGGCCUGAGAUACUUGAUAACCUAUUAGAAGGUCAAGCAGUGGAGUUCAGACCAGAUUUGGUAGCAAGAGUUUUCAAUCUCAAAUUAAAUUCUCUUUUGAAUGAUAUCUUGAACAAACAUGUUCUUGGAAGUCCUUGCGCAAAAGUGCAUGUAAUAGAGUUUCAAAAAAGAGGAUUACCACAUGCUCAUAUCCUUUUAAUAUUGAAAGCCGAAGACAAGCCAAAUGAUGCUGAAACCAUUGACACUUUUAUAUCAGCUGAAAUUCCUGAUGAACAGAUUUAUCCAAGACUACAUGCUAUUGUAAUAAAGCAUAUGAUACAUGGUCCAUGUGGAGAACAUAAUUUAAAUUCUCCAUGCAUGGUUGAUGGUAAUUGCAGCAAGAAUUUUCCAAAAAAUUUUCAAAAAGAAACUUUAAUUAAUGUUGAUGGAUAUCCGCGAUAUCGUAGACAAAAAAAUGACACCACUGUAAUUGUCAAAGGGAAAAAAAUUGACAACUCAUGGGUAGUUCCAUAUAGCCCAUACUUCUGCUUGAAAUACAACUGCCAUAUAAAUGUAGAGAGUUGUGUUUCUGUUAAAAGUGUUAAAUAUCUCUUCAAAUAUGUAUAUAAAGGUUACGAUUGUGCAAAUAUUUCAAUUAACGAACAAAAUACACUACAGCAUGAUGAAAUUCAAAAUUUUUUGGACACAAGAUAUGUCAGUGCUCCUGAAGCUGUUUGGAGGUUGUAUGGUUUUUUUAUGCACCAUCAAACACAUACAAUAAUAAGACUUCAAGUUCAUCUUCCAGGCGAACAAGAUGUAUAUUUCCAUAAUGAAAACAUACAAUUAGCUGCAGAAAAGGCACAAGACAGGGAUACCACUUUGACAGCAUACUUUAAGUUGAAUGUGGAUAAUAAUGCGGCACGUGAACUUUUUUACUCUGACAUUCCUCAACAUUUUGUAUUUGAUGUAAAAAACCAUUAUUCACGUCAUGAAGACCACAUUGAUGAUUGCAAAAUUUGCAAAAAUUUGGCAUUAACAGAUAUUCAAAAUGUUCUCAUAUUGCAUAGUAAACGUUGUGAAGAUUUUGGACUACCCAAUCCAUCAAACUUCAUUCCAGAAAUGCAAUUCAACUAUGUUACACACUUGGAAGCACAAGUUGGAGCACAACUUCAAGAAGCAUUAAACAUCGAGCAAAAAGCUGCAUUUGACAAUGUAAUGUCUGCAAUUGAUAAUGAAAAUUUACCACACAGAUGUUUUUUUAUUGAUGGACCUGGUGGAAGUGGCAAGACUUAUUUAUAUAAAACAUUAUUGAGUACUUUACGUGGACGCACAGAUGGAGUUCUUCCUGUUGCCUCUACAGGAAUAGCAGCUAAUCUACUUGAUGGUGGCAGAACUUACCAUUCACAGUUUAAGCUUCCAAUUCCAUUACUGGAAACAUCAACAUCAAAUAUGAGAAUGACUUCAAAAGAUGCAGAGUUCAUACGUAAUGCUAAAUUGCUUAUUUGGGAUGAGGCCUCAAUGACACCCGGUAUAGCUCUAAAAUGUGUCAAUAACCUUCUUCAGGAAAUUAUGCAGAACAAUAAGCCAUUUGGUGGAAAAGUUAUACUCCUUGGUGGAGACUUCAGACAAACACUCCCAGUUCUUCCUCAUUGCAAUAGAACUGCUAUUGUGGAAGCUACUAUAAAGUUCUAUGAUCACUGGGAUAAAUUUAAAAUUUUACAAUUGAAGAAUAAUGUGCGUUCAGUGGAUCCAGAAUUUAGCAAUUGGCUACUAAAAUUAGGACAGGGUUCAUUAAAUAAUUCAGAGGGCCUUCCUGAGGAUUUAGUUGAGAUCCCUUCCAAAUUAAUAUGCAAUGAUUGUAUCAUAUCUGAAAUUUUUGGAAAAAAAAUUCUUCCAUCUGAUCUUCACAGUUUUUCAAAAAAGGCCAUUUUGUGUACGAAAAAUUGUCAUGUUGAUCAAAUUAAUGAGCAUGUAUUAAAUAUACUCGAUGGUGAGGAAAAAAUAUAUCUGAGUUCAGAUUCAAUUGAUGAUCAGACAGAUGAAGAUGCACAAAACUAUCCCAUAGAGUUUCUAAACGAAUUAGCUCCAUCAGGAAUGCCUCUUCAUAAGUUAAAAAUAAAAUUGGGAAGUAUUAUUAUGUUGCUCAGAAAUCUGAACACAAAAAAAGGUCUGUGCAAUGGAACAAGAUUGAUAGUUAAAGAUCUUAAGCCAAAUCUAUUAAUUGCAGAAGUACUCACAGGAACAGCAAAAAAACAAAUAGUGUUUAUUCCGAGAAUAGAUUUAGCCCCUGCCAACACUGAACUACCAUUCAUUUUACGAAGGAGACAGUUUCCAAUCAAACUUGCAUUUGCAAUGACCAUCAACAAAUCACAAGGUCAAACGUUAGACAAAGUAGGAAUAUUUCUUCCAGAACCAGUAUUCAGUCAUGGACAACUUUAUGUUGCAAUGUCUCGAGUUCGUACAUCAUCUGAUGUCAAAAUUAAGAUACUUCAAAGUUCAAAUUGUUUGGGAAAACUGGAGCUCAGUGCUUAG